AUGCUCACUGCACCUCUCCAACCGUCCAAUAUCCUGUCCAAGGAUCCUCUCCACCAGAGAGAAACCACAGAGACAAUCCCAUCGACCCUCGCCCAAUCAUGGCCAACCCCCGAGUCCAUCAGACAGAUCUUCAUUCAGCGAACCUCCGAAAUCGCCAGAAAAGGAUACAUGGCCACACCCCCAAUACCAUCACUCGACCUCUCGCGCACCCGCUUCGGCGAGUUCGGCGGCCAAUUCGCCCCAGAACUCCAAGUCGAGCCGCUGCACGACCUCGCCGCCGCCUUCCAGUCCACCAUCACCGAUGAGUCCUUCUGGCAGGACUACCUCGCCCACACGGACUUCUGUCCGACGCCCCUGCACCUGGCCAAGAACCUCACCCACCGCGCCGGAGGCGCCACGAUCUGGUUGAAGCGCGAGGACCGCAACCCCUACCGCGGCAGCCACUGCGUGCGUAGUCUUGUCGGGCAGGUCCUGUUCGCGAAGCGCCUCGGGAUGCGCGAGAUCGUGACGGAUUGCGGAUCUGCAAGCCAUGGCAUCGCGUGCGCGAGUCUCUGCGCGGCCCUGGGUCUGCAAUGUACCGUGUUCAUCGGCGUCGAUGACGCAGCGCGGCAGUGCGCCGGUGUCCAGGAGAUGCAGCGACUCGGGGCAAACAUCGUGCCUGCGGAGACGGCCUCCGGGUGCCGGACGCUCAAGGCCGCUGUGAACUCGGCGUUCGCGCACUCGCUCACCGACCAGUCCUCGAUCUACUACGCCAUGGGGGGCCCUAUCGGCGCGCACCCUUUCCCUGUGAUUCACCGGACCUUUCAGGCGUUGUUGGGCGAGGAGGUUAAGAUCCAGCUUGCGCGGUUGAUGGGGCGGGAAGGGGACAGCGCUUCGCCGGAUGCGCUGGUCAGUCCGUUGGGGAUGGGCGCCGCGGCGACGGGCCUGUUUUAUACGUUUGUGGAAGAGGACGACGUGCGGUUGGUGUGCGUGGAGGCGGAGGAGGCGGCGCCGUUGGUUCACGGCAGUGUGGGUGUUUUGCAUGGCUGUCGGACGCUGGUGCUGCAGGAUGAGAAUGGCCAGAUCAAGCCGUCGGAGGCGAUUGCGCCGGAUAUGAACUUCCCAAGUGUUGGUCCGGAAGUGGCGCACUGGAAAAGUAUUGGCAGGGUGGAAGGGAAGACGGCUUCGGAUGACGAGGCGAUGGAGGGACUGAAGGUUUUGGCUGAGGAGGAGCAGGUCACGGCGGGUUUGAAUACCGGGUAUGCGGUGGGAGAGGCGAUGAGGUUGGCGAGAGAGUUGGGACCGGGGCAGAACGUUGUGUUGCUGGUGACGGGCAAGGAUGAUAUCCAAUGA